CACUUGCUUGCGGUCGUAGUGUUUCAGACAGAGAUCGUGGGAAAUUGUCGAUGGUUGUCAGUGUUGACAACUAAAACGUCACUGACAUCAUCGCCCAAAAAGAAAUUCCAAUAGUCAUAGAUUUUGUUUAUUUUAUAUAGUGCGAUUAAUCUGGUGGAAAUAGUCUGUCGAAAUAGGCGACAACGAACAUUAAAUUCCAGUUGAAUUAAACUGGAUGUUUUGUUGUUGGUCCCAGCAGGAGGACUUUGCUAAAGGUCCGAUGGCGGCUAUUAGGAAAAAACUGGUGAUUGUUGGGGAUGGAGCCUGUGGAAAAACGUGCCUUCUGAUCGUUUUCAGCAAGGAUCAGUUCCCCGAAGUGUAUGUGCCGACUGUUUUCGAAAACUAUGUCGCUGAUAUUGAAGUGGAUGGAAAGCAAGUGGAGCUGGCCCUUUGGGAUACUGCCGGCCAAGAGGACUACGACCGGCUCCGACCCUUGUCCUACCCGGACACCGAUGUGAUUCUAAUGUGCUUCUCAGUCGACUCGCCCGACUCCCUCGAAAACAUCCCCGAAAAAUGGACCCCAGAAGUGAAACACUUCUGCCCCAAUGUUCCCAUUAUAUUGGUUGGGAACAAGAAGGAUCUUCGCACCGAUCCAACAACGAUCAACGAGCUGAAAAAGAUGAAACAGGAGCCGGUCAAGCCGCAGGACGGCCGAUCCAUGGCCGAGAAAAUCAACGCUUUUGCCUAUCUGGAGUGCUCAGCCAAGAGCAAGGAGGGCGUCAGGGAAGUCUUUGAGAACGCCACCCGUGCAGCCCUUCAAGUGAAAAAGAAGAAGAAGCAUCGCUGCAUUCUGUUUUGAAUAUUUUCAGUUCAGUUACAAGUAUUCACGUUUAAUCCUUUAUAUAUUAUGUAUGACUCAUUUCUGGGGGCCUUUACUACUAACCAAAUUGCCCUCACUUUCAGUUCGUUUAUGCAUAACUUUCCUUUCGAGUUUAGGUAUAUAUUUGUUGUUCUCUUGGUAGUAUUGGAGUUAAUGUUCAUUAACAAGAAGUGUCCAGUGCACAAUGUUGAAAAGUCCAUGUCUCUAACCCUGAUUGCUAUGCCACUUAGUAUUUUGCGUUUACUGUAUUCAAACGUAUGGUGCCAGCAAGUGAAAAUACACAUAUAUUUUUCGAGUUAAAUUUCAAGUGAUUUCAGUCAGUCAGUCAGUAUGGGGUGAUUUUCAUUUCUUUAGGUCCUAGAGUAUACAUUGUGAAUUGCGUAUCGAUGUAAUAGCUUUAACUUUUCCAUACUAUGAUGUAUUCUAAAAUAAAUAAAACUGUUUUUCCUAUAAA